AACAGACGGUAGAGUGGGUGAGACACGCCGCGAUCUCCUCCAAGCGACAGCAUUGUGCAUUGCGCAUUUUCACCGCGCCCGAGUGAUACCCAUCGCCGGUGCCUUGUCGAUUGCUCUCGCUCGUCCCCGCGCGCCUCUGCAGUGGUAGCCUGCCAGCCGCUCGCUCGAGUCCGCCGCAAGCAACAACGCGCCUGGCUGCUGUCUGCUGUCUGCUGGCUGCUGUCUGCUGUCUGCUGGCUGCUGUCUGCUGUCUGCUGGCUGCUGUCUGCUGUCUGCUGGCUGCUGGCUGCUGGCUGCUGGCUGCUGGCUGCUGUCUGUUGGUAGCGACUUGGGAGCAUGGCGGGGAGGCGGCGAGAUAGGUGGGGGGAGUCAGGUUGACAGUUAGGGUGAGCGACGGGGAGGCAGCCGCGUAGGUGCGGAUCGACGGACGGCGUCCCGUAGAGCACGACUCGCCUUCCAUCGCCCACGCAUUCGCCCCUUCCUUCCCGCCCAAAGCUCCUCCUCGCACCGCUCGCAACCCCUUUCUUCCCGCGUCCCCUCUGCCGCCCUCUCCGCCAUCCGCUCAUGACCCCUCCCCACUCCGCCAACGGCUCGACUCACUCCGCUCCCCCCUCCGCCCGCCGCUCCGCCUACAACCUCGCCGCGCGCAUCCUCUCUCUCCCCGCCAAACUCGCCCGCGCCGUCGCACGGCCUGCGGACGACGCUGCCACCCGCAGCAUCGCGGGCAGCGCGGCCAACCGCCGCCGCAACCAGUCGGGGUCAUCUUUCCUCUCCUCCGCCUUCACCUUCUCCCUCCCCCGCGCCCCCCGCGCCCGCCGCGCCCCCACGGGCUAUGCCUCUGCCGACUCGUCGUGGCGCGGGGACGGAUGGCCGGCAGCGGACGGCACGGCGGGCAGCUCGCACGUGGGGACCAUCACGGGGAAGCGGUACAGCGCCGUGCGCCUGGAGCAGCUGUACGCGCUGGGCGGGUUCCUGGGGCGCGGGCAGAGCGGCGUCAUCAGCGCGUGCGCGCACCGCCACACGGGCGAGCGGCUGGCCGUGAAGAGCAUUCUGAAGAAAACGAUCCACUCCGAGGGCACCGCCACCGACGUGCAGCGUGAGGUGGCGGUGCUGGGCAUGCUGCGGGGGCACCCGCAUGUGGUGCGGCUGGAGGGCGUGUUCGAGGACCAGACGGCCGUGCACAUCGUCAUGGAGCUCUGCCAGGGGGGCACGCUCACCGACCACAUUGCGCAGCAGGGCGAGUACAGCGAGCGGGCGGCGGCGGGCAUAAUGCGGGUGGUGGUGGAGGUGGUGCGGGCGUGCCACGCGCUGGGCAUAGUGCACCGCGACGUCAAGCUCGGCAACUUCCUGCUCUCCGACCAGACAGACCGCGCCACGCUCAAAGCCAUCGACUUCGGCUCCGCCGCCUUCUGCCAGCCAGGCGAGCACCUGGAGGCGAUGGCGGGGAGUCCCAUGUACAUGGCGCCCGAGGUGCUGGACGAGCGCUACUCGCACCCCUGCGACGUGUGGAGCGCCGGAAUCAUGCUGCACACGCUGCUCGCCGGCAAGCCGCCCUUCCAAGGAGACUCGGUGCUGGCGAUAUUUGAGGCCAUCCGCACGGCCCCUCUCGCCCUCACGGCGCACCCCUGGCCGCUCAUCUCCCCCGCCGCCAAGGCGCUGCUCGCCCGCAUGCUGGACCGAGACCCCUCCAGGCGGCCCACGCCAGACGAGAUCCUGGCGGACCCGUGGAUGCGCGGGGAGGAGGCGGUGGAGCAGCCGCUGGAGAGCAUCAUGCUGCCGCGCAUGAAGCGCCUCAGCGCCAUGUCCAAGCUCCGCCGCCUCGCUCUGCUGGUGACCACACGCCACAUGCCGGAGGAGCAGGAGCGCGAGCUGCGAGCGGUGUUCAGCGCCGUGGAUGCGGACCACUGCGGCGCGCUCAGCCUGCAAGACCUCUCCGCCGUGCUCAAGAGCAUUGGGGCAGCCCUCAGCGAUGACGACGUGCAGCGGAUAUUCGAGUUUGUGGACGUGGAUGGCAAUGGCAGCAUCGAGUACACGGAGUUUGUGGCGGCCACGGCCGUGUUGCACCGCGACCGCCACGCAGCGGCCAUCCGAGAGGCGUUUGAGGAGAUGGACGCCGACGGGUCGGGCGCCGUGAGCGUGGACGAGUUUGCAGCGGUGUGCUGCCGCCUGGGCAUGGGGCCGCUGGAGGAGAUGAGGGCCAUCGUGCGGGCCGCCACCGAUGCUGAAUACGGCACGGCGUCUGGAGUGCAGCAGGCAGUGGGCGUGCAGGGUGGCGAGGGCGCGGGGGAGAGCGGGGGGGUGGGGGAGAGGCAGAUAGACUACACGGACUUCCUGGCGCUCGUCACGGGGUCGGGCCACAGCGACAGCCGCAUGGAGUCCUGGCUCGCUGCUGCGCUGCUCUGACUCCUCCACACUCCCCACCGCCACUCAUUCCUGCCUGCCCCGCCUUCCUCCCUCUGCCCUCCCCCCAUCUGUCCCGCACCACCCUUGCCAUCUGCUUCCACCACCCUUGCCUUGCCUUUGGUGUCGCUCGUCUCAUCCCACUGAGACGCACAGCUGUCGCACUACCUCCAACUCAUGCCGCUGCUGCCCGCCUGCCCACUGCACAAAAGGCGCGUGCGUGCCUGGCAGUGCAUGGCUGUGUGCCAGGCUGCUCAUGAGUCAUGCCUCAUGCCAUGUCUUGCUGUCUGCCAUGCCAGUGCGCAUGCAGUGCCCAGCUUCCGAGUGUUGAGUCACAAGUGCUACAAGCAGCAGAGCUCUACAGCUCGCCCGGCCUGCAGCAGAGAGAAACGGUGCCUCCGUGCCUCAAGACCCAUAAGCAUGGACCGUGUAUGCCUGUCUGGUGUCCAGGGUCAGAAUGUUAGGCAUGCCAGAAGGGAAGGAUGGAGAGAGCUUAGUCAUGCCCACCAGCACUGGUGGGUGCUACCCUCUUCCAUGCCCUAGUGUUUUCUUGCUUUGCGCUUUUGUUCCUGUCAAGCCGUCUUCUGCAGCUCUUUGAUUUGAUUUGAUUUGGUGGCAUCCUCAUUCUGCGAUUGGCUGCCAUAACUGCCAUGCUUCAUGCUGCUAGGUACCUUGCUCCUGAGGCUAAGUCUGUCAGGAAGGGAAAGCAAUUGCAUGAUGAGGAAGGACUCCUUU